AACGCCGUUAUGGGACAAAAAGAAGCUGCGUGUCCUUCAUAACAGCAAACAUGGGGACUGCCACUAAAAUUAUUCAAAGGCUUCGCAAUUUUCUAUCAGGGCAUGACCUUCAAAGUAAACUCCAGCUGCGUUAUGAAGAGAUAUCAAAGAGGACGCAGCCACCACCUAAAUUGGCCGUUGGGCCAAGCCACAAGUUUGCCGACAACUACUAUUUCACCAGAGAUGGACGCAGAGAAUCUAUGCCCCCCACAGUUGUCAUGUCCUCACAGAAGGCGCUGAUGGCUGGCAGCCAAGCAGUUGCACCACCCAAGCCUCCAGUGACUCCUGGUGCAGUCUACAAGCAACCAGAGCUUUCCACAGACCAACCAUACCUCUGAGCUUGAACCAAAAACUCUUUCAAGCAUUAUCAACUCAUCCACCCCCAGAACUCAUGUAGAGAUCUAAUCAGUCUUGUGGUUGUACAUUAGAAAGUCACGAAAUAAAAUUGCUUCAAUAUUA